GCUAGAUGCAAAUCCACAGACACUACAAUAAACAGAGGUCUAUCGGCAAGCGUUGCUGAAGGGUCCCCGAAGCCAAGGGCCAGAAUAACUUUGCCCUCCACUCCCACAGUUCUUAAACGCAAACAUUUUACUCAGAAGGCUAAGAACACAGAGGAGCAAGAACUUGAGAAAGUGCAGCAGCUUCAGCAGGAACUGGCUGAGAGGCUGAAAAAGAAUGAGGAGUCCUUGAAAUCUGCCUUAGCAGGAGAUCAACCAAUAAAGAGGGUUCCCAUUCAAGCUACAAAGCCGGUGGACUUCCACUUCCACACCGAUGACCGUCUGAAACGGCAUCCAAAUGAACACCCAGCAGAAUAUAAACAAGUCGAUUUUACUUCUGAACUUAGAAAGCAUCCACCAUCUCCGGCAAAUAAAUUGGGCCGCACUGUGCCCAAACCCUUCAACCUCUCCAAAAGUAACAAAAGGAAACACGAAGACACUAGUGGAGAGUACACAUCCACUGCUGAGCAAGUCUUGGCUUUCCAAAAAAGAACCCCGCAACGAUUUCACCUGCGCAGCCGGCAGAAGGAGAUGGAAGGACCAUCGCCAGUGAAACCACUGAAGGCCAGGGUGACUCUGCCAAAGACCCCACAGCUUCAGACAAAGCAGCGACUCCGGCCACCAACUUGCAAGAGUUCCGCUGAGGUUGAAGCAGAAGAACUUGAGAAGCUACAGCAAUACAAAUUCAAAGCCCAAGAGCUUAAUCCAAAGAUUUUGGAGGGUGGACCACUCCUGCCAAAAAAGCCCACUGUUAAAGAACCCACCAAGGCAGUCGGCUUUAAUUUGGAGAUAGAAAAACGAAUUCAACAACGUGAGAAGAAAGAUGAAGAAAACGAGGAAGCGUUCACUUUCCAUUCCAGGCCAUGUCCCAUGAAGAUUUUACAGGAUGUAGUGGGGGUUCCUGAUAAGAAAUUGCUUCCAGUAACUAUGCCACAAUCUCCAGCUUUUGCACUAAAGAACAGAAUUCGUAUGGUGUCCCCUGAGGAGUCAAAGGAGGAGUUAGUCCCUGUUAUCAAAGCCAAUCCAAUGCCUUAUUUUGGAGUGCCUUUCAAGCCAAAAUUAGUGGAGCAGAAACCAGUCGAAGUGUGCCCAUUUUCAUUUAGUGAACGUGAUCGGCACAGGAUGGAAGAGAAGGCGAGAAAACUAGAGGAACGCCGAAAUGCAGAACCUCCCAAGUUCAAGGCUCAGCCUCUACCUGAUUUCGAUCACAUUAGUCUUCCUGAGAAAAAGGUGAAGGAGCGAACGCAACCAGAACCGUUUAAGCUGGAAAUUGAUAAACGAGGAGAGGCAAGGCUUCAAGUUUGGAAACAUCAGGUUGAAGAGGAAGUUAAACAGCAGAAGGAAAUGUCUAUGUUCAAAGCGCGGCCUAAUACUGUAACCCACCAAGAGCCAUUUAUGCCUAGGAAGGAAAGUCGAGUCCUGACCGUUCAGGAAGGCUUUGAGUUGGCAACAGAGAGGCGCGCUAAAGAGCGCCAGGAGUUUGAAAAGCGUCUGGCAGAGCUGGAGGCCCAGAAAAGCCUUAUGGAAGAAGAGGAACGUAGGCGGCAGGAAGAGGAGGAAAAGGAGGAGAUCAACCGGCUAAGACAAGACGUGGUCCACAAGGCUCAGCCUGUCAGGAAGUUCAAACCUAUGGAUGUCAAAACAAGUGAUCUUCCCCUCACCGUUCCCAAAUCCCCUAAUUUUUCUGACCGAUUUAAGAUUUGA